CCUGGGCUGAGUCAAGACUGCUCUGGGAGGGGGCCUUAGCCCAGCUGUCCCCUCUGCGUCAUGUGCAGGAGGCCAGGCAGCUCGCCUUACAGGGCCCAGUCCACCUCUAUAUAUAGUCCGGCUCGGACAGCUGCGUAGACUGUGCGCGACCCAGCAAGAAGGCAGGGAGUGCGGAGAGAAGGCCACACACCAUGGCGUCGGGCUUGGAGCAGGCGGAGGAGCAGCGGCUCUACCAGCAGACGCUCCUGCAGGACGGGCUCAAGGACAUGCUGGAUCACGGCAAGUUCCUCGACUGCGUGGUGCGGGUGGGUGAGCGCGAGUUCCCAUGCCACCGCCUGGUGCUGGCUGCCUGCAGCCCCUACUUCCGGGCGCGCUUCCUGGCCGAGCCCGAGCGCGCGGGCGAGCUGCGCCUGGAGGAGGUGUCCCCUGACGUGGUGGCCCAGGUGCUACACUACCUGUACACGUCAGAGAUCGCGCUGGACGAGGCAAGCGUGCAGGACCUGUUCGCCACGGCGCACCGCUUCCAGAUCCCAUCCAUCUUCACCAUCUGCGUGUCCUUCCUCCAGAAGCGCCUGUGCCUCGCCAACUGCCUGGCGGUCUUCCGCCUAGGCCUCCUGCUCGACUGCGCGCGCCUUGCCGUGGCCGCCCGCGACUUCAUCUGCGCGCGCUUCUCGCUGGUGGCCCGCGACGCCGACUUCCUCGGGCUCUCGGCUGACGAGCUCAUCGCCAUCAUCUCCAGCGAUGGCCUCAACGUGGAGAAGGAGGAGGCCGUGUUCGAGGCGGUGAUGAGAUGGGCGAGCAGCGGCGACGCCGAGGGGCAGGCCGAGCGCCAGCGCUCGCUGCCCACCGUCUUCGAGAGCGUGCGCUGCCGCCUGCUGCCGCGCGCCUUCCUAGAGAGCCGCGUGGAGCGCCACCCUCUCGUGCGUGCCCAGCCUGAGCUGCUGCGCAAGGUGCAGAUGGUGAAGGAUGCACACGAGGGCCGCAUCACCGUGCUGCGCAAGAAGAAGGAGAAGGGGAAAGAGGCAGCGGGGGCCAAGGCCACUGACAAGGGCACAGCCGAAGCCAAGGCAGAGGAGGAUGAAGAGGAGGCCGAGCGCGUCCUACCCGGGAUCCUCAAUGACACCCUGCGCUUUGGCAUGUUCCUACAGGACCUCAUCUUCAUGAUCAGUGAGGAGGGCGCCGUGGCCUAUGACCCGGCAGCCAACGAGUGCUACUGUGCCUCCCUCUCCACCCAGGUCCCCAAGAACCACGUCAGUCUAGUGACCAAGGAGAACCAGGUCUUCGUGGCUGGGGGCCUUUUCUACAAUGAGGACAACAAAGAGGACCCCAUGAGUGCUUACUUCUUGCAGUUUGACCACCUGGACUCAGAGUGGCUGGGGAUGCCGCCGCUGCCCUCGCCGCGCUGCCUCUUCGGCCUGGGAGAGGCUCUUAACUCCAUCUACGUGGUCGGCGGCCGAGAGCUCAAGGACGACGAGCGCAGCCUGGACUCGGUCAUGUGCUACGACAGGCUGUCGUUCAAAUGGGGCGAAUCGGACCCGCUGCCUUAUGCCGUGUACGGCCACUCUGUGCUCUCGCAUAUGGACCUUGUCUACGUCAUUGGCGGCAAAGGUAGCGACAGGAAGUGCCUGAACAAGAUGUGCGUCUAUGACCCUAAGAAGUUCGAGUGGAGGGAGCUGGCCCCCAUGAAGACUGCCCGCUCACUCUUCGGGGCCAUCAUCCACGACGGCCGCAUUUUUGUGGCUGCUGGGGUCACAGACACAGGGCUGACCAGUUCAGCUGAGGUGUACAACAUCGUGGACGGCAAGUGGGCGCCCUUUGAGGCCUUCCCGCAAGAGCGCAGCUCGCUCAGCCUGGUCAGCCUGGCGGGCACGCUCUAUGCCAUCGGCGGCUUUGCCACACUGGAGACUGAGUCCGGGGAGCUGGUUCCCACAGAGCUCAACGACAUCUGGAGGUACAAUGAGGAUGAGAAGAAGUGGGAGGGGGUCCUGCGGGAGAUCGCCUAUGCCGCUGGAGCCACCUUCCUACCUGUACGGCUCAACGUGCUGCGCCUGACCAAGCUGUGACCCGCCCAGAGGACCUGACCACGCGCCCCCCAUGCUGCAGCCCACACAGGCCCAGCCUUCUGGGAUGGGGGCUCCAGGGAGGAGUCUGGGAGAGGCAAAGCCCACCUGUAUCCCAUCCCAUCACAGUGCCCGAGCGGCCGCUUCAGCCAGGAAGGGGAAAUCGCUACCUGGAGCUAGCCUUUUGGGUGGGGACGAGAAACUUCUGGCCUCUCCGGUGUCUCCAUAUCCCCCGUGUUCCUGGUCCAUGAGGCAGAACCUCGGGGGCUGGUCAGGCUGCAUCCCGGCCCAGCCCCGGCCUGGCUGUGUGUGCCCGUAAACUCCCCACAGAACUCAGUCUCCUCGCCUGUCAGAUGGGGGGGGGGUUCCCCAUCGAGUGCACCUUGCAGCCUGGGUAAGUCUCCUGUAAGAAGAAUAAAGUGCCUUCCGAGCAAGCA